GUGGGAGGGGGGGGUAAAGCACUGACUGCACACCCCGGCUCCAGCUACACGUCGCAAGGCAUCCACACAGGGCGAGAGAGAGAGAUGGCCGUGGUGCAGCUCGACACGGGGGAGCACCAGCCGGAGAACGGCUUCGUGGCCCCCGAAUCCGCAGCCGCCGCAGCGGCAGCGCCGGCAAUGCUGCUGGCGCGGGUGGACGGCGAGGUCCUGCCGUUCCUCGGGGGGUUUGGGAAGUACCAGAAACAGCUGAUCGUGCUGACAUGGAUUCCUGCGUUAUUUAUCGGAUUCAGCCAGUACUCGGACAAUUUCCUCCUCGCCCAGCCAAACAGCACGUGUGUGCAGCCUUUGUUGAACGGCAGUGAUCUUCAUCACCGGGGAGCGGGGCACCCGGCCCCGCUGCUGACCGGCAGCAGCCCGGCUUCUGCUCAUGCCCGGGGGGGGAAUUACAGCGGCCACAAUGACACGACCGACAUGCACUGUAGCUGCAGCGAGUGGACGUUUCAGCCGCACACGGGACUCGUGCAGAAUGUGGUUACUAAGUGGGGUCUGGUGUGUGACUCGGCAUGGAAAGUCCACAUCGCGAAGUUCUCUCUGUUGGUGGGAUCGAUAUUUGGAUAUUUGGUGUUUGGAAUACUUGCAGACUGGUUCGGUCGACACCCAGUUCUGAUCAUAUCAGUGCUGUUCUUGCUGGUGUUUGGCCUAACCGUGGCUUUCUCCGUCAACGUGCCCAUGUUCAGCACCUUGCGUUUCUUCGAGGGCUUCUGCCUGGCAGGGAUCACCCUUUCUCUCUACGUUCUCAGGAUUGAGCUCUGCCUGCCAGGGUGGCGAUUCUCCAUGACCAUGGUGGCCAAUUUUGUGGUUGUGGGUGGUCAACUCCUGAUGCCCGGGGUGGCGUACCUGUGCCGCGAUUGGCAGGUACUUCAAGCUGUCAUCAUCUGUCCCCUGCUGCUUAUGCUGUCCUACAUAUGGAUCUUCCCUGAGUCACUGCGUUGGCUGCUCUCCACUCAGCAGUACAGCCGCUCCAAAUGGAUCAUGGGGAAAAUAGCAAAGAAAAACAGAGUGAACAUGGAUCUCGAUGCAGAUAACGUUCUCACAGAACUUCAGAGGGCACUUCAGAAGAAACCCAAAAAGACAUGCAUCGUUAAAAUGGUUGGAACGAGGAACCUGUGGAAGAACAUCGUCGUCUUAUGUGUUAACUCGCUAACAGGUUAUGGCAUCCACCACUGCUUUGCUCGCAGCAUGAUGAUUCAGGACGGCCAGGAGACCACUAUGUUCCACAGCUUCUAUGCAGACUAUUACACCAUGGCGGGCAUCGCCGUGGCUUCCUGCAUAGCCUUGUGUCCAGCUGUUAGCCUGAUGGGGCGGCGCGGAGGCCUUCUCACGUUCAUGAUCAUCACGGCGCUCGCAUCGCUGCUGCAGCUGGGUCUGGUCAACUUGCUGGAUAAGUACAAUGCCCAGCUGAACAUAGCGGAUAGCUCAGAGAAGCUGAAAAAGAACCUCUCCAUCGCCUUCUCCAUCAUUGGUAUGUUCUCCUCCCACGCAGUCAGCAACCUGAGCAUCUUCUUCUGUGCUGAAAUCACUCCAACUGUUAUCAGGGGUGGUGGUGUGGGCCUGGUACUGGCCAGCGCCGGCUUCGGGAUGCUCACCGCACCCAUCAUGGAACUGCACAACCAGAAGGGCUAUUUCCUUCACCACAUUAUCUUCGCCUGCUGCACUCUCAUUUGCAUCAUUUGCAUUCUCCUGUUGCCCGAGACGCGUAACCAACCACUCCCAGAGAUUCUGGCUGACGUUGAAAACUACACUCGGCAACCUCUACUUCCCCCGAGGAAACUUGGAGAACAGCGCCUCCAAAUGGUCCAGUCGGAGAGCGGCAGGGACUACACCAGAGUGCAUGACACGCCCCUUCAUGAGGUGCCUCCCACUGCAGUGUCCACCAUGGACUCAACCGCCUCCUCCGCUCUCGAUUUGACUGUUCCUUUCGCCGGGGACGUGUCUGCCACCACGCCCAUGGAGCUGCGCCCCGGCAAGCCCGAGCCUAAAGACUCCAACGGUCACUCUGUCUCGUCUUCGUCCCCGGCCCACGUUACGGGGCUCGGGAAAGACGGCAUCACACGUCUCAGCAAAGAGCACCUAUUAUCUUCCAGUCCUUUACACAAAGCCCCCUGCGUCACGGACCCGCUUUUGUCCGAUGCGGAAGAGCUUCCUGCAAUUGUUUUGGAUUCUGUGGAGGUGCUGACUGAUUGUAUUCCUCUCCAAGUGACGGAAAUUGCUCGUUCCACUGCAGAUGAGGAUGACUCAGGGCCUCCCCCUCCCCCCACACCCAAACCUCCAUCCGCCUCUUCACUAAUUUGCACCAUACCCAUCAUCGAGCCCCCACCUAGCUCCACGCUAGAGUCUCCAAACCCAGAGUUUAAUGACAUCGACCCGAGCGACACAAAGACGUAUCCACCUGAAGAUGAUCAUGCUGCGUUAUCAAACUCCCUUUCAUCUUUGCCUGAUGUUUUCCCUCCAUCCCCUGUUCCCACUCCUAUGGCUGAUAUUCCCCGUCACCCACCACCCUCCACUACCCCACACUCUCACAUUCCCAUCCAGUUAGAAACAUUAGAUGAAUCCACAGUUAGUCCUUCCAUCAGAGACUCCCAGCUGCCUCAGUUAGAUUCUACCUCUCCCCGCGUCAAAGAUAUAGCCACUCAUUCCUCCACCGCUAAGAGUCCAGUUACUGUUUUUGCAACUCCCACAAUGCAUCCACCUAUCGACUGUGACCAUAAGCCCUCAGUGGACUCCUCCACUCCCCCUGUAGUUCAAACUGUCAACACCACGACAAUGUCUCCCUCUGUUCUCCCCGUCACAGACAUUGUGCAUACCUCAACACCGGAAUCAAGCCCCUUGACUGUCACAGACAUUGUACCGGACUCAGCCAUUUCCCUCAUCUUGGAUUCAGUAUCAAGUCCCAUCAGGGACUCGAGCUCUACAGAAGCGGCUCCCUCCUCUUUAAUAGACUGCACCGUGUCCUCCCCCAUAGACUCUGGCGUCCUCUCUAUCAGGGACAGGGAGAGUGCCAGAACAGAAAACAACACUUUUAAUAGCACAGCGUUGUCAUGACUCAGCGAGGAAAUGAAGCUCUGAGUGUUUGCACCAGAGGGCAGCCACCCAUACGAGUACCACGGGAGGGGUGGGGGCUGGGAACGGUCAGGCUCAGACUCCAGGUACAUCACGAAGGCGGCUUCCACCUGGAGUUGAGCGGACUUGUCUUACAGAGCUGCUCUCUCCCCUCUCACAGCCCCUCCUACCACUAACCCACCCUUACCCCCCCUCCCCUUCCUCUCCUUGUGCAUUUAGCCAAUAAAUGAGACCACAAAAGUGAGAGAGUGCCACAGGCUGGUUUGUGACAAUGUGACAUUUGAUUCUGCUCUUCAGGAAUGUCACUGGAUAUCACCAGCGCUUAAGAUACUCGGAUGUGAAUGAAAGGGGAAAGUUGCUGUCUAUCAUUUUGAAGACAAAAAACCCACAAUCAUUGAGACGUGUCAUCAGCACUGGUUUGAGAAAAAAAAAAAAAAAAAAAAAAAAAACAUGCAAUGAAGGUAAAAACUUAGGAAAAAAAAAAUCAACACUGGUACUUUUGCUCACAUGAAAUGUUUGUCUUAAAUUUUUUGCAUUAAAAAAAACGUCGCCUUACCAAUACGGAGGGAAAAAAAUUCUGAAUGUAAUCAAGUACUUUUUGCCUAUACAAAGGUAGACAAUGUUAAUUGGACUUUUUUUUUUGUGCUUUUUCUUUAAACACAAACCAAAAAAUACCCUUACCAAAACUAAAUGUAGAUAUAGUGCCAAAACGUUAAUGGCUGUGAAGUAUUUGCCUGUUCGGGUAUAUAGCUAGUAACACCCUAUCUGAAAAUUCAUAAAGGCAGGGUAAGCAAUUUCUGGAUACUCUCACAUCUCAAUAUGUCUGUGUGGGGGGGUACUUAGCUGGUUAAGUAAACUCAGAGUAAACCUGCAUUUUCUGUUUUUAAAAGCCACAGAAUCCGAUUAUCACCAUGGAGACACGCCCUCUGAACCUGGUGUGGUCUGGUUUUAUUCAGCUUAUGUCGAGAAUUUCAAGUCCAUCAAGGCUGGGGUUUGGAUAUUGUCACAAAAUGGCAUUGCCAUCUGGGGAUUGACAAAACUUAUACAAAGGUAUAAAUAAUUUGUGCACUUGUCACCGUAAGAGGUUGACGAAACCACAGACUGAUGCAAUGUUAGGCGGUGUUAUGGAGCCGACAUUUUACAUUCUGAAAACUUCAGGUUCAGGCUCUAUCUCAUGGUUAGUUUGUUUAAUCCUUUCUGGAAUAACCCUCUGUUGAUAUUUGAAAAAAAAAACGACAAUAAAACUCAGAGAGCUCCUCCCUCUUCCUCCCUCCCUCAUUCGAUGUGCUUGAGUUCCAACCUCUCCCCCUGUCGGUGAUUGGCUGUUGCAGUGUUUGCUUCCUGUUUAUGAACCCAGGGAUACGUAUGAGGAUUGUUUUUUUUUUGUUUUUUUAUUGACAAUGUAUUCAGAAGAUGGGCAGCUAGCGGAGGGUGAGGAGAUAUUCACUAAAUGUGACAAAAAGUGUUCCGGGUUAGAAAUCUUAUAGAAUUUCUUACCCUGCCUUUAAAUGCAGAAGACUGCAAGUUUCAUCACCAUUUGACUAAUUAAAAGUGAGAUGAGACGGAGCUCAUAUACCAGCACAUGGUUUAUUGUGUGAGCAGUGAUGGUGGUCAAAAAACAUGACCAAUUUUGUGUUAUGCAGAAACUUAUUUCGCAGUUGUUCUGGCCAAGUCAAUGUACGGUAUGCAAAUGCUUUUUUUUUUUUUGUAAAUGUGAAAAUGUACGUAAAUGGACAGCUGAGCUUGACUCAGUUUUGUUUUUAAAUUUAAACCCUUACUUUUGAGAAUCUCCCAUGGUGCACCCUUAUUGUACAGAGCUAUACUUAAUUUCUUACAGUAUUCGUGGCACCUUUUGAUGCGGUGGCACCCUUAUUUUGUGCAGUGGGGACAAAGCAUGAACAUUAACGUGAACUUGUCAAAAGAUGUAUCGAGUCUCAAAAGAGACUUAAUCUGUUUUCGAAAUGAAACCUGUAGACUCUGAAAUGUUUGAUGUGAUUGCCAAAUGUUGAUCCUUCACUAAACUUUCAGUGUGUUUUCAAGCUCAUGUUCUCACAUUAACGUGGUUAACAGCAGUACGUCAGUCCAUUCAUUCAGUAACACAUGCAAAUGCGAUGCAAUACACUUGACAAUAUGACAUUUUAGAAAUAACCCUGUGCAAACUAUUGAUAUUCAUAACAUGACAGACUCUAUCGUAAGGAAGCACUUUUUCCUUCCAAAGCUCAAGUCCACCUGUGGACGGCGGUAUACUUGACUUAAAUAUGUAACACCUUUUUCAUUCAAAGUGUGAUACUUGCCUGAAGGAGGAUGUACGAUUAUGGAUGUUGCACUGUUUACAACAAGCCUCACAAUAUUAAUAAUAAACUUGCUCUCUGUUGGGACUGGCAGCCUGUGCGGGAUGUUCCCAGCGUGUUCCAGAUGUGGCAGCUGGGAUAGGCUCCAACCCCUGUGUGACCCUGAAGAGGAUAAAACCGGUUGGGAACCACUCUGCAGUACUGUAAAACUUUGGAGCCAAGUGAAUGAUGUCUUGUCAUUUCAAAUACGAUAAAACUCAGUAAAUAAUAUACACAGGGAGUAUCAGCAGUUUGUUAAGGUGUGAUUCAGGAGUCAAACCCAUCGCCAGGCUUGGCAGAUUUUCUGUUACCACAUUGUGGCACACGUUUGGAGAAACUGUUUAGGUACUACCCGCCCUAAUUCAGUCUGUGCACUGACAUCUAUGGGCCUGUGGACGAAUGAGGAAAAUCUUGUGGUUGUAUUUUCAAAAUGCACCCUUGAUGAAAACUCAAUUACUGAUUGAAGCAAGGUGGUAUUUUUAAAAGACCAUCACAUCAUCAUUAUUAUUACUGAGACAUUCAUGUGAUUGUUUAAUGUCGAGCAAUACAUUAUGUAUGCUGUGCUGCUGCACCUCAAAGCACAAUGACCUGCAAUCAUGUAGUGAGAGAUUUAGUGUUUUUACAGUUAAAAAUAAAAAAGGGAACAUGGGUUGGGAUGUUAAAGGUAAAAUGGAAACUGCUAGUUACACAUUAACAUUUGCAAUAGAUCUCCAUGUGAGAGAGGGUGCUGAUAAUGGAUCCCAUGAGAAACUCGUGGCGUCUGAGUGUGUUGACUGCAGUGGUCAGUAGCCUCGCGUAUCUCAGUCUGUAUCAUGUUAGUGUUGGUCUCUCUAUUUGUCUCGUGUAUUUACAGAAGUUAAACCUUUUUGUCCAGUGAUACAGCACAAUACAGCCAUGUCGCCGCUGCGAUCUGUUACUACCACUUUCUGCCGUGCAACUGUUUCACCGAGUGGAGACAAUACAUCGCCUUUAUUUCGACUCGAUGUGGAGUAGCUUUGAGGUAAAGCCAGUGCAAGCAAUGCAGGGCAAUGUUAGCACCAGCGACAGGACGGCUUGGUAGACAUUCAUUGUUGGAAAGGUUAGGGAAAACAUAACAAAGAAAGAAAGAAUUGGUUUUUAUCUUUUUGAAUAGGACAUGUGGAAGCAUCCAGCUUCUAUAAGAUGAAGGAUCACAAAUGAUAUGGACUGGAUUAAGGCUUGUUAUGAACCCGAAAUGAGGUCCCCAGUACACAUUUUUCAGGUUUCGCUUCUCUCACAUAGAGUGACUCAGAAUCUCUGUUUCUGGAGAUUUGAAUGAAUGUAAAAAAAAAAAAUUAAAAAAAUGUGGAUUGUUCAUUUAUGAGUUCCUCUUGUUUGGUUUCAUUUUGUUGUUUUAACAGACAUAAUGCACUUGUAUAUAAGCCAUACCUGUUGUUAAAAUAAACCACUAUUUAUUGAUCAAA